AGUUAUCCAGAUCACUUCCUGGCCAUGUGCACAGACGUGUGUUAAGUCUGUCGUAACUCAGGCCAAAGAGAAUUCUGUCGCCAUCGCUGCAACAAGCAGCCCACAUGCAGUAGCCCGGUCUGCGUGUCUGGAAACUCUCCAAACCUAUCAGCGUGAGGGGGAGAUAGUGGAACCUGCAGUGCGGAGGCGCCUGUCGUCACUCCCCCCACGCGUACGGACUGUCGCCAUCGGUUUGACGACGAACGCGCGUAAUCAGUGACAGCGCAUGCGGUGGAGAUGAAUCUCGUUGCCAGCAGAAUCGGGGAACAGAGGAUGAAGAUUUCUCGCGGGAGCAAGCUUUGAGAGUGGGCAUGCUGGUGAAGCAGCAGAAGCUGGCAGUGCCAUGAGUGCCCUGGACAUGCAGCUCGGCCUGGGGGAACCGCAGUGCACAGACCCCUGCCGCCCGGGUCCUUUCAGGCUCUGGGCCCGUCCAGGCAACUGCCCGGCAGGACCAGGCCAGUCAUGGCCAAAAGAGAUUACCUGGUAGAUGCAGCCAAGCAGAUCCGCAUGGCACUGGACCGGGAAGUGAGUGAGGACUACGAGGCAGCGUUCAACUACUACAAGAAUGGGGUGGAUCUGCUCCUGAAUGGGGUACAAGUAGAUCCAAACAAGGAACGACGAGAAGCAGUGAAGCGGAAGACCACCCAAUAUCUGAAGAGAGCAGAGGAGAUCUUCAACUCUCACCUGCAGGGCACUCUGGGAAGUGGAACUUCUCUAUCAGAGGGUUACAGCAGCCUGAGAUUUCGGCCAAUUAGAAACCUCAGCUCACCAGUGGAGGAUCUCAAGAUGUGUAAAGUCAUUGGGGUCAUUGAUAAGGUUCUCACAGUCCAAAACCUGAUUACCAAGGAGACAUUUGUUGUCAAAAGCUUGCCCAAGUCGAGCUGGGAGAGCCGGGACCAGCCCACCAUCAUUCCCCAGGGAGUGCCCUUCAUGGUGAAGCUCCUGAGGUACUAUGUGAGUGAGGAUACAGUGUACCUGCAUCUGGAGCACGUUCAAGGAGGACGGCUCUUCUCCAAACUACACAAGUCUAGAAAUGACAAGGUGAAAGAGCACCCUGAAUGCUGCAGCCCCAACCACAGGAAGAUCCGUCUGAAGACCAGCUACACCGCUCCCACCAUCAGUCUGGACUACCAGCAGAGCCACAGGGGCAGCAGGGCCGCGGUACCACCGCCGGAGGACGGAGAGGGGCGGCAGGACCACGCGGAGAGCCCAGAAACCGACUCCCCGGCAUCCUGGGACGAGGCUCAGCGUCGCCUGGAGAGCUGCCGGACGCACGCGUACUGUGAGGAGACGGGCUGCCUGUACAGCGCCAGGGCCGGACCCCAGCACCUCGGAUCGGAGCCAGCCGGGGACCUCGGACAGCUGGGCUCAGACAACCCACCCUCCGCGGAUGCACCACUCAGCACUAACACUCUUUCUGAAACUCAGGAAAACCCACAUCAUCAACCUCAAUGCUGCUACACUAGAGACGGCCAUAGGACUCCAAACCAUGCGAGGGCUGCCUCGGCACAGGAAGUCAAGGAAGCCGAGUCCAACUUGGAUUCUGACGUUGAGCGGAAGUGGAACAACGCUGCUCCACCUCGGGACUGUGGGGGUUUCAACACUGAGUUAUCCACUAAUCCAUGCUCUGGCAUAGUGGGAGUCAACAGAGUACCUCAAAUGACUCAGUCCUUAGCAGCCAACGCAGGUGUGGAGAAGGACUUGAGUCAAGUCAUUAGCUUACAUUCGGGGAAGAGCUGCACUGCUCCCGCAACACUGCACUUACCUUUCAGCAACCAAAUCCGGGAUAUUGGUGUGGAGGCAGAAAACGCCACUGAGGGAAUUGACUGCAGCAUGAAUGAAAACAUGGACAGUACAACAGGCCUGGUUCUCACCAUGCACAAAAUCCGAAAGGGAGGGGGGUUGGCGGGAAGGCAAACCGAUGAGAAGACAAAGGGCAAUUUAGACGCCAUGGUGACAGCCGAAAGGUCACCGUCUGUAACAGCUCUCACGCUCUGCGCUAGUCAUGCAGAGAGUGUGACGGGGACACCUUCAGGGAACUCUCAGUCACUCGCCGUCCCUCUUUGCCGCCCCAUGGAACUCCAGCAGGGGACCCCUGCAGGCAUGUCCCCGGAUGCCACGGGGGCAGGGGUCCUCAAGGCACAUGCUACCAGGAACAGAAGGUCUGAGGAGGAGGUGUGGGAGGUGCAGAGCCCCUCGGGCAAGCAGAAAGGGGUGCCUCGGCAGGAUCCGCUCACAGCCGCCACGGUGCCCGCUUCCCUCCAGUGUGAGUCCAUCGAGGUGAACGGCUGGUGCCUCCUGUCUCGGUUUCCAUCCAGGAAGCCCACAGACAGGGCCAGGCUGGGCUGCUGGGGGCUCCCCGAAGGACAGGUGCGACUGUGGGGCGCCCAGAUACUGCUGAGCCUGGAGAGCCUGCACCAGCAGGGCAUUUUGUGUCGGGACCUCAACCCUAAGAACAUCCUGCUAGACAGCAACGGAAAGGCCUGUCUGACAUAUUUUGGUCAGUGGACUGAAGUGCAGAAUGAGAUCAGUACCAAAGCCAUGGAGCAAAUGUACUGUGCCCCAGAAGUGGGAGGUGUGUCAGAACUCACUGAAGCUUGUGAUUGGUGGAGUCUGGGAGCACUGCUGUAUGAACUCCUGACUGGAAUGCCCCUCUGGCAGUGCCAUCCUGCAGGAGUCCUCCCUCACACCCAACUCCUCAUUCCAGAUGACCUCAGCACUGCAUCAGCCUCCCUACUCACUGAGCUUCUGCAGUUUGAUGCUGGCUACCGCUUGGGUUCCGGGGGAGGUGGUGUGAUCGACAUUAAGUGUCACCCCUUCUUUAGUCCUGUCCCUUGGCAUGCGCUCAACAACUAGCCAGUCAACGAAAGGACCUUCCAACAAAUGGCCUGGUUUCAGAAGUGCAGCUGCUCCAAGCCUUGCUGCAUCAGCACCAUUCCCAAGGGGCCAAAGAACCAGGAGAACCAAUCCACUCGGUACAGUACAUCGUGCUUCUCGUGGUUCCCAACAUUGCCCGCCCCCAACGAAGUGACGAGAGACUGAAUGACUGAAAAGACUGACUUGGGACAGAGACAAAAUUAAGGAACAAUUCCUUUUAAGUAGAUCUGUUUUCAGAUCAGGAAUUUCCAAUCAGAAGGCCCCAAUAUUCAGAUUUAACACAAUGUGAAGUGUACAGUUUAGAUUCUGUGUCACACUGGGGGCCAAUGCCUAAAACGAUUAUAAAUGAAGGCAGAAUUACUAUUUGGAAUGGAUUUGCACCUUAGAAUGAGAAAAAUGUGGCCGUAUAAGUCAUGGGGACUAAACCUAUACAUUUGCAUUUAAUUAUUUUACUCUUUGGAGAUAAUUAGACAUUAUAACAUGGACAUUACACUGUAACUCCCAUUUCAAUAUGCAAACCCAGUUCCCCUGACACACAUCAAUAUGGAAUUUUUCUGCCUUAAAUACACUUUGUUUAAAUCACCAUGCCUACACUGUGUGGUCGUUUGACGCUGAUAUCUACGUGAGCUCAAUCAGAGACUGACUAAAUAAGGAAGAACUUAGAGAAGACCACUUCAGCCCAGGUGGAAACAGUGACUUGAGGUUUCUGGGGAAAAACAAGCACGCGAGAAUGAAAACCAUCUGGUUUAUAUUUGACUCUCCUCCUUCCUGGUGCCACAGGUUGUACUUCCUCUGAUUCAGUUUGAAGCAUAUCACUCUUCCACCAUGCGGUCGUCCUCCCUGUCUCACCUCCGUCACCAAAGCCCAUUUGAGUGAUGUAGACUCUGACCUAAAAAGGUCUUCCUAGCACUGUGUGAGAAGUUAAUUUUACCUGAGCGCUCCUGUGAGCUCACCACAAAUGUGUUCUGAGAUGUUUGCAGUAUUUUAUCACGCCAGGUCUAUUUUACCAUAAACUGAACACCACUGCAGAUUCAUCUGUGCAAUAAAUCCUCGUAGUGAUUUUUGUAGACAUUUUUCAUGGGAACUACAAUGUUUAUCAAGGCAGUACAUUUUAUGCAGGACCUCAUUUCCUGCAUCUGGGCCUUGAACAUAUAAGGAUUUAGCAUAAGAAAGGCAAUUUGAAAGUGUUGAUGCCUCCUCCUUUUCUCUGCAUGCUGUAAGGAAAGCUUUUCCUGUGUACAAGAGUUACAUAUUUUUUUCUCCUUUUAAACUCUGUUUAAAACCUGUUAAGAUGUACAUUGCCAGAUGGACUUUGUCACAAUUUAUGACAUUGUUUAAAAAAAAAUAAAACAUUUAAAAAAAA